AUUCUAUACCUUUUAUGAUUGGUUUUAAAUAUUUUCUCACUAUAGUUGAUGAUCCUAGUAGGUAUUGUUAUACUUAUCUCAUGCGUUUAAAAUAUGAAACUUCUAUUAUUGUUAAAAAAAUUGUUUCUUUCAUAAAAACUCAAUUCAACACCAAUAUUAAAACCAUAAGAAUCGAUAACGGUCCUAAAUUUUUUCUAAGAGUUUUUUUUACUAAUAAUGGCAUUAUCCAUCAAACUUCUGUGUUUACACCCCUCAACAAAACAUUAUUGUUGAAAGGAAGCACCAACACCUUUUAAAUAUUGCUAGGGCUUUACUUUUUCAACCCAAACUCCCUAAAAAAAAAUUGGCUCACGCGAUUUACCUUAUUAAUAAACUCCCUUCCCUUUUAUUACAACAUCAAACUCCUCACUUCCUUAUGCAUCAUGUUAUGCACGAUUGUACUAUGUUAAAAAUGUUUGGUUGCUUAGCUUAUGAUAUCACUCUAAAAAAUGGUAGAACUAAAUUUGAUUAUAGGAGUAGGAAAUGUAUUUUUUUUGAUUAUGAACAGAGUGUCAAAGGAGUUUCCCCAUUUGACAUACAUUAUAGACACUUUUUUUAACCAAGAAUACUACCUUAUAUGAAACCAUAUUCCCCUACCAAACAAACUCGGCUUUCCCAAAUAUUCAUAAAUCCCUCAUAUACCACCUUACUCCACAAGAUUACUUUGACACAAAUGACCUUAACUUUACACAACCUACUUACCCUAUUUUACCUCCUCACAAUAACAAAAAUUCCCCUACUUAACCCACAAACACACCUAACUCAUCCUCACACUCUUCACCUCCAAUACCCAUCCAAACCCUCUUCCAACAAGAAAAUUAAACUGUAUGACCAAACCUCCAACAUACUUACAAGACUACCAUUACACUCCAAUUUAAGGCAACACUCACAUCUCUUCCAAUACUUCCACAUGUAGUAAUCUUUAUCCUCUUCAUCAUGAUCUUUCUUACUCUAGCUUAUCUCUUAAUCAUAAAUGCUUUAAGUUAAAGUUAUCUUCUAUUAAUGAACCCACUAGUUGCACUAAAGCAGUUUCCGAUCCUAAUUGUAAACAUGUUAUCCAAUGUGAAAUUUAGUCAUUAAAUGAUAACAACACCUUGGACUUGGUCCCUCUUCCCCCAAUUACUAAACCCAUAGUUUGUUAACGAAUUUUCAAAAUUAAGUUUAUGUCUAGUGGUACCAUCGAACGAUACAAAGCCUAGCUUGUUGCCAAGGGCUUUAACCAAACUGCGGGCAUCGAUUAUCUUGAAACUUUUAGUCCUAUAGUUGAAAUGACUAUCAUUCUUCUCAUUUUAUCUAUAGAUGUCACCCAUAAUUGAUUUCUUCAACAAUUAGACAUAAAAACCGCCUUUUCACAUGGUGAUUUAGAUGAAGUUGUUUAUAUGAAACUGACGUCGGGAUUACAUGUUUCCAACACCAAUCUUGUCUGUAAAUUAAAUCAUUUUAUUUAUGGAUUAAAAUAGGCAAGUCGAUAAUGGAAUCAUAAAUUAACUUCUGCUCUUACUAAAUUGGGUUAUAUACAAUCAAAAUAUGAUUAUUCUCUUUAUACUCUUGUCACUUCAUCUUCUUUCACUGUUGUUUUGGUUUAUGUUGAUGGCCUUAUGAUAGCUAGAAAUUAUAUGAUUAAUAUCUCAUUUCUAAAGCAGGCUUUAGACUCCAAAUUUAGCAUCAAAGACCUAGGUAAUUUGAAAUAUUUCCUAGGCAUUAAGUUUGCCCGUUCAUCAACUAGAGUUUAUGUUUGUCAAUGUAAAUAUAGUUUGGAUCUCCUAUAAGAAGCAGGCUUGCUUGGGGAUGAACCUGCUUCCACUCUGAUGGAUCCCGACCACAAACUUGUCUCGGGCUCGAUAUUUCCCCUCUUAUCUAACCCCACUUCUUUUCGUAGUUUGAUUGGAAAGCUAUUGUACUUAACUCAUACUCACCCUAAUAUUAGUUACGUUAUUUGCAGGUUAAGCCAAUUUCUAUCCAGCCCUACUGAAGAGAAUUUUCACACUGUUGUUUGGAUCCUACGGUACAUCAAAACAGAACCGGAAAAUGCCUUCUUUUUUGGAAAUCUUCUUCAACAAUUCUAACUGGCUUUACAGAUUUUGACAAUACGAUCAACUACGAAAUUUUGCUUCUACCUUGGAACAUCAUUGAUAUGUUGGAAGAGUAAGAAACAACACAUUAUUUCUAGAACCUUGUCUGAAGCCAAAUAUCGUGCCCUUACCAAUGCUACCUGUGAAAUCCUAGUGGAUGAUACCUAUUACAAGACCUCCAAAUUCAACACAACCAACCCAUAAACAUCUUUUGUUACAAAUCAUCAGUUAUACACAUCUCUAAUAAUCUGGUGUUCCACGAAUGCACUAAACAUAUUGAAAUGGACUCACAUAUUGUCCGUGACAAAGUGCAGUAGAAAAUCAUCCACUUAAUGUUGAGAAUAUAAUAUAGCUUAUAGGAGUUAUGUGGAUAAGAGUUUUGUGUGGACAAUAUCUUUUAGUUAGCUUCAGUUUGUUAGCUAAUUUUUGAUUGGUAGUUAAGAGAUAACCAUACACUAUAUAAGGACAUGGCUACCACACGUGUAAUAACAUAACAAGCUAUUAUUCUCUUUUCCUGAAAACUUUCUUUCUUCUUCUUCUUCAUUCUGCAUUUUCUGCUCUGCAUCUCUUGUUCUUUAAUGCAGAAACUGAUUUUCACAAUAUGGUAUCAUUCGCCAUUUCGACCCUUCUUCCGCUGCUCUUCCAAUUGAAUCUUUAGCUUGUUCAUUCUUUCUUUACUUUCAUGGCUCCUCCACAAAAUUCACCUCUUGAUCACUACGCCAAAAACUGGAAUAGACAGCGCACCUUAGAGGGCGCUUUAUUACAAAAGCGCACUCUAAAGUGAAGAGAAAAAAUAAGGAGCAAACAACUGGAAUAGACAGCGCACUUUAGAGGGCGCUUUUGUAACAAAGCGCCCUCUAAAGUGAAGCGAAAAAAUAAUGAGGAAAUGGAGGGACACCAAUAGAGGGCGCGUUUAUGAAAGCGCCCUCUAAGGGUACCCUUAGAGGGCGCUUUUAAAAAAGCGCUCUCUAAGUCCAUGUACAUUUCUAGUUUAUAAGGCGCUUUUGGAAAACCUUAGAGAGCGCUUUUAGAAGCGCCCUCUUAGGCCCCCUUUAGAGGGCGCUUUUUUUUACACAAGCGCCCUCUAAGGUCCCCUUUAGUAAACAUUAAAAUUAUAACAUAUACUGCAUGUCUCUUUAUUUUCCCUCGCCAUAUGCUAUUUCGUUUACGUAACUGGGUUUUCUCUCUACUGCGAUUACUCUCUACUGCGAUUACUCUCGUCCUCCGUUCGUUCUCCCUCCCUCACCUUCGUCGUCGCCGUCACCUUUUUCUGCUGCUGCGUUCACGUUCACUGAGUUAUCUGCGUCCACCGUCGUUGUUCACUUUCUUCUCCAUCGUUACCGUCACCUUGAAGAUAAAAUGGCUAGUAACCAAGACGAUACCCAUGACGCGAGUGGAUCACGUAACAAUGUUGAAAAUGAAAUCAAACGAGGAUUGACUGUUAUGAAGUCAAUCAUUCGUGCAAGAGACAAGGGUGAAAAAUUCGAAGUACAUUGGAGUGCUGAAGACCAACUAAUUGAGCCUAACGGUUCAAUGUUGGCAAGUUACAUUGGUUUCCUUGUUCGACAACAUAUUCUGAUUACAUGUGAUAAUUGGAGAAGUCCGGAAUUGAAGGUUGGCAAAGAAAAAAUAUGGUCCGAGAUACAGAGAUCCUUUCACAUCGAUGAAAGCCGGCAAAAAUAUUGUAUUCAAUUGGGCGGAAAAAGACUCCGAGGAUUUCGAUCCUUUUUGUCCAACAAAUUUCUCAAGGAUGAGGAAGGAAAAUUUGUUGAAGCAGAACGGCCAAUGAAGUAUGCGGAGAUUAUUUCAGCCGAAGAAUGGGAUAACUUUGUCGCCAAACGAAGAAACGAAAAAUUCCAUGAAGUAAGCGACAAAAAUCGGAAAAGGGCAUCAAACCCCGCGUAUCCGUACAAAAAAGGGCGUACGGGAUAUGCACGGUUACAACAAAGAAUUCUAGCCGAGGAGAAAAGUGACGCAACAUCUCUUCCGGAGCACGUAUUGUGGAAGGCUGCUCGGGUUGGGAAAUAUGGGGUUGUCGUUGAAGCGGUUCAAAAUGUUUAUGACGAAUGUGAGACUUUAUCCCAAACCUUACCUUCAACCGAGGUCCAGGAUUGCAGGAGCCUACUUAGUCGAGUACUAAAUGUUCCUGAGUAUUCCGGUCGUGUGAGGGGUAAGGGUUUUGGUGUGACUCCGUCGUCAUUUUAUAAAAAACCAAAAACAAAAAAUCCUACCAACAAAGAGGUGAUGGAGACCUUGACGGAGUUAAGGGCACAAGUACUCGAACUGCAAAAGGAGAAUGCAAGGUAUAGAGAGGAAAGGUGCGGUUCUGAGGCAAAAGAUACUAGUGACCGAGCUAGUAUCAAUUGUCAACUGAAAUUUCUCGAGGGCAUUACACCUUGUCAGCUGUAUCUAUCGUCACCAACUUAUCGCAUAGUUGGCAAGAGAAAAGUGCACAACACUUCGGGUGAAUUACUUCACCAUAAUCCCCUCCCGGUGGGAUAUAUGAAAGUUUCGGUUGACCUUGUAUUAGAUACGGACGCGCUUCUACCAUUACCUGACGUUGUUUCAGAGACAACGUUGAUGUGAGAUGUAGUCGGAUCCUUUGUUGGAUGGCCGUCAGAUCUAAUUUUCCCAGAUGCCGGGACUCCUACAAGACCCACACAUAAAGCUGGUAAAGGGAUUUCAAGACGCAUCGAGUCGGUUGCAUCUCAAAAAGAGGUUCCCGGUCGAAUGUUGAAAAAAGCUGGUAAGGAUAUUCCAACGAAGUCCGGGACAAAAACAAAUCCUAAA